UGUCAUUUUUCUUGCCUUAUAGUUGUGCUUAUUGGAGACUCUGGAGUAGGCAAGAGUAACCUUCUGUCUCGAUUCACUCGCAAUGAGUUUAACUUGGAAAGCAAAAGCACCAUUGGAGUGGAGUUUGCCACAAGGAGCAUUCAAGUUGAUGGGAAGACAAUAAAGGCUCAGAUUUGGGACACAGCAGGGCAGGAACGGUAUCGAGCUAUAACAUCGGCGUAUUACCGUGGUGCUGUAGGGGCACUCCUGGUUUAUGACAUUGCUAAGCACCUUACUUACGAGAACGUGGAGCGAUGGUUGAAAGAGCUGCGCGACCACGCUGACAGCAACAUAGUGAUCAUGCUCGUGGGGAACAAGAGUGACCUGCGCCACCUGAGAGCGGUCCCUACGGAUGAGGCCAGAGCUUUUGCAGAGAAGAAUGGUUUGUCUUUUAUUGAGACGUCUGCUCUAGACUCUACAAAUGUGGAAGCUGCCUUCCAGACUAUUCUGACAGAGAUCUAUCGUAUCGUUUCGCAGAAGCAAAUGUCCGACAGACGUGAAAACGAUAUGUCUCCAAGCAACAACGUGGUUCCCAUUCACGUCCCUCCAACCACCGAAAACAAACCAAAGAUGCAGUGCUGUCAGAAUAUAUAAGAAUCGUUCAUUCUUUCCUAAAAGGCUGUGUAUAUUCCCCAGGUCCAAGAUUUAAAUAUAUUUGUAAUUCGUGUG